CUCGGCUGCCCGCGCUCAGCGCACCGGACGCUCCUCCGCUCCUGCGGUGGUCACCAGGCUAUGGGUCUGGGGCCUACCCCGACCCUCCGGGAGGCCGCCCCGUCUGCGGCGUGACGGGCGGCCCAGAUGGUCACCAUGGGCCAGUGCUACUACAAUGAGACCAUCGGCUUCUUCUACAACAACAGUGGCAAGGAGCUCAGCUCCCACUGGCGGCCCAAGGAUGUGGUUGUGGUGGCCCUGGGGCUGACUGUCAGCGUGCUGGUGCUGCUGACCAACUUGCUGGUUAUCGCGGCCAUUGCCUCCAACCGCCGCUUCCACCAGCCCAUUUACUACCUGCUCGGCAACCUGGCCGCAGCCGACCUCUUUGCUGGUGUGGCCUACCUCUUCCUCAUGUUCCACACGGGCCCUCGCACCGCCCGGCUCUCGCUGGACGGCUGGUUCGUGCGGCAGGGCCUGCUGGACACGAGCCUGACCGCCUCGGUGGCCACCCUGCUAGCCAUCGCCGUGGAGCGGCACCGCAGCGUGAUGGCCGUGCAGCUGCACAGCCGCCUGCCUCGCGGCCGUGUCGUCCUGCUCAUCGUGGGGGUGUGGGUGGCCGCGCUGGGCCUGGGGCUGCUGCCCGCCCACUCGUGGCACUGCCUCUGUGCCCUGGACCGCUGCUCACGCAUGGCCCCCCUGCUCAGCCGCUCCUACCUGGCUGUCUGGGCCCUGUCCAGCCUGCUUGUCUUCCUGCUCAUGGUGGCUGUCUACACCCGCAUUUUCUUCUAUGUGAGGCGGAGGGUGCAGCGCAUGGCGGAGCACGUCAGCUGCCACCCCCGCUACCGAGAGACCACACUCAGCCUGGUCAAGACCGUUGUCAUUAUCCUGGGGGCGUUCGUGGUCUGCUGGACGCCAGGCCAGGUGGUGCUGCUCCUGGACGGUCUGGGCUGCAAGUCCUGCAACGUUCUGGCCGUGGAGAAGUAUUUCCUACUCUUGGCUGAGGCCAACUCACUGGUCAAUGCCGUGGUGUACUCAUGCCGAGAUGCUGAGAUGCGCCGCACCUUCCGCCGCCUCCUCUGCGGUCUGUGCCUUCGCCGGUCCACCCACGAGUCUGCCCGCUAUGCACCCUCCACCCGAACAGGUGCCAGCACUCGCAUCAUGCUUCCAGAGAAUGGCCACCCCCUGAUGGACUCCACCCUUUAGCCAGCCUGGGACUUCAGUGGGGUGCUGCACAUGCCACAGUAUAGCCCCCGCCUGCUUGCAAACGCACCGGGCUCUACCUAAGCUGCAGGACAGACCCUCAGUCUGCCGUGGCACGACGCCCCUGCCAGCCUUCCCCAGGCCCACAGCUCUGCCUGCCCCCGAGGCCCGGGGGUGUGGGGUCAUCUCUAAAUGCCCAGGAGAGCGUCAGAGGGGGUUCAGGAAUCGGCUCUUCAAUCAUCUCAGGUUGUGGAGUUUUCUAACUGACACUUUCUAUCUUUACUGCACAUCCCUGGUAAACCCUGUGGACCGCUUCCUCCUCUGUGGUAGUGUGGGUGCUAAAGAUGGGGGACAUGAGGGCUCUCUCAGGCCACUCUGCCCAGUGCGACAGGGUGACAAGGAUGCCCAUGGAUGCACCAUCUGCCCGAAGCUGAUUCUUUAGGGGCACAGACUGAGGGGUGCUGAGCAUGAGCUGGGAAAAGGUUUGUGGCCCCUUGCAGCCUCUGGGGUCUUGCCUGUCCCAAUUAGAAUUGAGGGGCGUCUGUGGGGAGAGCAUAUGAUAUAAGGAGUAAACCUUUCUUUCCACUGAGGUCUCCAGAGCAUUUUCUGUCAUCAACUCAGAUAGUCCCUCUGUCCCUGUGUUCCAGAAUUGUCCGCCUCAGCUCGGGCUAGGCUGGGAUCUCCUCAGCCCUGUUCUCUUUCCUCUUGAGCUCUGCACGGCUGUUACUCCAUCUCUUUCUCUCUCUUUAAAUCCUGUACACAGCAUGGGACUUGACCUCAUAACCGCUAGAUCAAGAGUGGCAGGCUCUACUGACAGCCAGCCAGGCACCCCUCUCCAUCUCUCUUGUUGGAGGUCUUGCAUCCGUUCUGUGUGUCCCCCUGCCUCUAACUCCCCGCCCCCAUCUGUCUCUGUCCUCUGGAGCCCACAGUGGUCUCUGACCUGCGUGAGCCCUCUUUCUCCUGCCUGCCCUUUCGUCUGGGUCUGGGUUAUUAACAGUCAGGCGUGUCCAUCCCAUUGCGCACCCCACCACCUACAUCCAUCCAUACCUACGGGCCAGGGGGAGUGGAGCCCGUGAAGCAAAUUCUGCAGGAUGCAGAAUUUGAGAGCUGCCAUUUCUCAAACUCCUCGGAUGUGCCUGGCACACUGAUAAGCACUGUAGGUGCAUUAUUUAGUCAUUACUUGCAUCUUGUGGUGCAGAUGCACACUUUGUGGCUCAGAGAGGUUGCAAUCUGGCCUGUGGUUACACAGCUUCCAAAGGUCACAGAGAUGAAUCAAGGGACUAGAGAGGCCCCUGGAGAAAGAGUUUUGGAUCCCCACAAUGUCCUAAGUUGGUCAUGACCUCAGCCUGGUUUUCCUCACCUCACCCCACAGCCCCCCAAGUCUUCAGACAUGCCAUGAUGAGCCCCCUCUCAGAUGCUCAUAGAGGCACCCUGCCAGGUACAGUGUAGACCAGAAUCUGGAUUCUCUGCUUCCACUUCACCAGGGAGGAGACAGGGUUAUAGCUCUACUCAAGGUUCACAUGCUAAAUAACAGCUAGAAUGUGGACUCAGGCCUCCCAUUAGAGGCCAAAUUCUUAAACCACUAAAGUACACAUCGUGGAAGAACCAAAAACAUCGAAGUCCUUCUACAUUAAAUGGGGCUAUGUUUCCCUUGGAGAAAACUUCCCCUGCCCUCAGACAGCUCUGUGUGGAGGCAAGAAUGAACUGGGUUGCUGGGUACUUCAGGAUCCAAGUCGGACAGCAGGACUCCCAGGGCCUGAGGCCAGAAUCUCCAGAGAUGGUGACCCAAGCGAGCCCUGUACACCAUGGGCCUGGGCAUAGGACCGUGAAGGAUGCAGUCCUUGCCUCUGUGAAGCUCCAGGCCUAUUGGACAGACAGACACUUUGGGUGCCAAAGCCAAUUCCUAUGGGGUGGGGACCCCGAAGUCCUCCCAAAAGCAGCUCUGUGUUUCACUUGCUCUUACAUCAGCUUCCCCCAGGUUCUAACCCACACUCCUCCGGUCUCCUUUGGCAUCUUGUCCCAUUGGUUUUUCCCUCCCUUGUAGGUCUCUCCACCCUUCAAGCUUUGGUCCCUAAAGCUUUCAGUCCUAUGUUCAGAGAACCACUGUUCUCUGAAGAACACCAAAAUUACCCACAACUUUUACGCUUCCUGUGCAGGGCUGAAGUUUUGCGCAGGGCAACAGCUCUCCAUGGGCCCCACAAGUUCUAGUACUUCCUCUAACUGGGGCCCAGUGUUGGGUUUCCUUAAUCAGGGAGCUUUCAAAGUGGUUCCUAACACUGGCCCAAAUCACUCAUUUCCAUUCCCUGCUGUCUUUUUUUUUGGAGUCCUCCAAUCCAAUCACACCAGAUGUUUUGAGUUUCCUCUCCAGCAGCAAUGGGAAGAAGAUGGGCCCUGCCCUAAAGGGUUCCCAGAGAGGCUGAGGACCCUUUAUGAGACUGCAUCUGGAAUCUGCCCUCAAAGCAAACAGGCUCCAGCAGGUCCCAAUGACUUUGGAGAAGUGAUUCACAUCCAGUCCGUUCCUUUUCCCUCACACGACGAUCCUUCUCUGACGCCAUGAGUUCUAGUGGCCAGAAACAAAGACUUGUGGAGAGUCACCCUUACUUGGGGUACACCUCAGAGGAGACCCUCAGGAAGCACCCUUCAGUAGUUCAGUGACCGCGGGCUUGGGCAUUCUAGGUCCAGAUUGCGGUAAAUGGAGAGAAUGAAUAAAACCGAGGUCAUUUAUA